UUAUACCAGAGCUGCUAUUUAUUAGCCAUUUUGGUUUCUGUUUUUGGCGAAGUGAAACGGUGCUGUUGAACCGGGGCUCUGUUUUUCAUUUCGGGAGAGUAAAUACUUUGAUAUAAGCCUACAUUCUCAUUCGGCUGUGAACAGGUCUUAGAGCUAGCAUUUAAGUACGCCUAAGUCAGCAAGAUGCAACCCGUUGCCGAGAUUCAACCAGCGCAGCUGCAGAUGCCUACCCCGGAGCCCUCUCGGCGGAGCAAGUACUCCUGCUCGGUCAAGUCGCUCGGAGCUCUGCAGAUGAUCAUCGCGGUAGCCUCGGCCGGUUUUGGCGUCGGGACAGCCCUUGUGUGGCCCUCUCUUAGCAUUAUAGGAUCCGGCGUGUGGGGAGGCCUUCUCUUUUACUUCCCAGCUGGCAUCCUCGGCUUAUUGUCCGUAACAACGGCCGUCGGUGCGCGGAAAUGCUUGGCCAUCGCAUGCCUGGUCAUGUCCAUCCUUUCUGCAGUAAUGGCUGUCGGCAAUGUUGCAGUGUAUGGCCUCUCCAUCCAAACCGACCUUGCUCUCUUCCGUUUUAAGGUCUAUGAUGGAAGUUGGGAUUUGCCGGUGGCCUUGGACUCCAUCCUUGUGAUUUUUUCCUCGACUGAAGUCUUCGUGUCAAUCGUUGCUGCUGUCUACUGCUGCUUCGUCAUGGGUGAAGAACAACCGAACGACAACACUGCGAUCAAGUACGACGCAACUCAAGUCGACCCACAGGGGAUGGCAUACAGCAAACCAGUCGAUCCCUAACCACCAGGCCGCUCAGGCACGUUCGCGACUAGCCAGGCUGCUGGUACACAAGAUAUGGGAAAGGGUAACAUAAACUUUGCGUGAUUCUGCAUUCAGCAAACAGCCGUCGUGUAGCUCCAAACGACAUCGGGCAAUUUUUUUAAAAACAAAUUGGUAACUUAUAAAGCAACUUAAUCCAUAAUUUCUUAGAUUCCUAAUACAGAUUGUACUGUCAAUAUUCCAUUACUACAAAUUAAUUUGCUAAGCUUUCAAGUUAACAAGGAAAUCCUUAUGUUUUUAUCAUUUUUAUAUGUUUUUGUCAUUUUCUAAAAUCCAUGUGAGUACAUGUAUAUCCAUUUUGUGUUGUAUUUGCUGUUCGUUUUUUUGAAGUACCUAUGCAAGUAUUAAUUGCCCAAAUUGCUAGGUUAAAAGCCAUUGUGGAAUGAAUAUGAGAGUCAUUUUCUCAACUUCCAAUUUAACAUUAUUAACAUUUUUGGUAAUUUUUUAAAAUUCAUUAACAUAUCAUUUUUGUGUUGUAUUUGCUUUUCACGUACAUGUAUAUAAAAUUCCUAUGAAAAUAUUAACUGCCAAAAUUGUUGAUCUUAAAAUGAUUGAGAUCAGAGAUAUGAGUAUGAGAUUCACUUGCUAAACUUCUAAUUUUACAAACUAAUACUAUAUUACGUCUGUUUUCGAAUUAUCUAUUAUCAUCUUUGUGUUGUUUUUUUUGUGUCCAUGUAUUUUAAAUUCCCAUUGCAAGUAUUAACUGCUAAAAUUAAUAGGCUUAAAGAGUAUGAAAUCAUUUUUGUUUAAGUGA